AUGUUUUUAUUAAAUAUGACUGACUGUUCAAGUCAAUUUAAAUACUUGUUUGUUGUUUCAUGUUAAAAUUAAAUUAAAUAUAAUUAAUUCUAAAACAAAAUUAAAAUAAUAAUUUAUCAUAGAAAAUCUAAUUAAAAAAACAUGGCUAGUAGUAAGAAAGCAGAAGGAAUUGCUAUAGGUAUCGAUCUUGGUACCACAUAUUCUUGUGUCGGUAUAUUCUAAAACGAAAGAGUAGAAAUUAUUGCAAAUGAUUAAGGUAAUAGAACUACUCCAUCAUAUGUUGCUUUUACUGAUACUGAAAGACUAAUUGGAGAUGCUGCAAAGAACUAGGUAGCUAGAAAUCCCAUUAACACUGUCUUCGAUGCUAAGAGACUAAUUGGUAGAAAGUACAAUGAUCCUGUUGUUUAAAAAGAUAUCAAGCUAUGGCCCUUUAAAGUAGAGAAUGGCCCUGAAGAUAAGCCUCUUAUUGUUGUCAAAUUCAAAGGAGAGAUAAAGAAAUUUCAUGCUGAAGAAAUCUCAUCAAUGGUUCUUAUUAAGAUGAAAGAAACAGCUGAAGCUUUCGUCUCAAAGCCAGUCAAGAAUGCUGUCAUUACUGUUCCUGCUUACUUUAAUGAUUCAUAAAGAUAAGCAACCAAAGACGCUGGUAUUAUUGCUGGCCUCAAUGUACUCAGAAUCAUAAAUGAGCCAACAGCUGCUGCUAUUGCUUAUGGCCUUGAUCAAAAGGGCAAAGGAGAGAAGAAUAUUUUAAUCUUCGAUCUUGGUGGUGGUACUUUUGAUGUAUCUCUCUUGACUAUUGAUAACGGCUUCUUUGAAGUGAAAGCCACUGCUGGUGAUACCCAUUUAGGAGGUGAAGACUUUGAUAAUAAGAUGGUAGAAUAUUGUGCUGGUGAAUUUUUGAAGAAAAAAGGUAUUGAUAUUAAAGGUAAUCCUCGUGCUAUGAGAAGACUAAGAACUUAGUGUGAAAAAGCUAAGAGAAUAUUAUCAUCCUCUUCUUAAGCAACAAUUGAAGUUGAUGCCCUUGCUGAUUCAGAGGAUUUCAAUAUCGUAAUGUCACGUCCUAAAUUUGAAGAACUGUGUCUUCCUUACUUCUAAUAGUGUGUUCCUCCUAUUGAAAAAGUUAUUAGGGACUCUGGAUUAUCAAAGAACUAAAUUGAUGAAGUAAUCCUUGUUGGUGGUUCUUCACGUAUUCCUAAAGUCAUUUAGCUAGUUACUGAAUUUUUUAAUGGUAAAGAGCUUAAUCGCUCUAUAAAUCCAGAUGAGGCUGUUGCUUAUGGAGCUUCAGUUUAGGCUGCUAUUCUCACAGGUUAAGGCUCUUAAUCUAUUUAAGAUGUAAUAUUAGUUGAUGUUGCUCCUCUUUCGCUUGGUAUUGAGACUUCAGGUGAAAUAAUGACAGUCCUAAUUCCUAGAAAUACUACUAUUCCUAUAAAAAAAUCACAAAUAUUUACUACCUACGCUGAUAACUAGCCUGGUGUAUUAAUUCAAGUUUUUGAAGGUGAAAGACCAAUGACAAAAGACAAUCAUUUACUUGGAAAAUUUGGAUUAGAAGGAAUUGCCCCUGCUCCAAGAGGAGUCCCUCAAAUCGAAGUAUCGUUUGACAUUGAUGAGAACGGUAUAUUAAAUGUCUCAGCUGUAGACAAAGCCACAAACAAAUCUAAUAAAAUUACAAUUACCAAUUAAAAAGGUAGAUUCUCUCAAAGCGAGAUAGAAAAGUUAGUAAAAGAAGCAGAGAAAUACAAAGACGAAGAUGAGAGGUAAAAGAAGAAAAUAGAAGCCAAGAAUUCAUUUGAAAACUACAUUUACCAUGUUAGGAAUAGUAUGAAAGAUGAAAAACUUAAAGACAUAUUCACAUCUGAUGAAAAGGAUAAACUAAAUAAUUUGAUCGAAAAGAGCUAAUCGUGGUUGGAAACUCAUCAUGGUGAGAACCCUGAUGACUAUGAAUCAAAACAAAAAGAGAUUGAAAAUGUAUUUAAUCCAAUUAUGAUGAGAGUUUACUAACAAACAGGUGCUCAGCCCUAAGAUAAUUCAGAAGGUAGCAGAAGAAAUCAAUACUAGAAUAGCAGCACUGCUAAUGCUGAUGAAGUUGAUUGA